GAGAAUACAACCAUGUCUAACAUGUCCUUUAACUGGAUAAAGCAGGAAAAUUCAUGUCGUUUUGUCUUCCCGCAUCAGAACUGGAAUAUAUGGCUGACACUGCACCGGAGAAAGGGGAAGUAAAAGGCAAAGCUAAAGAGAAGGCUAAAAAUAAAGAUACCCCAAAUGAAUCACCAAAAGAUAAGAAAGAAAUGGCUAAGAGAAUGUUGCAAGUUAUUUGCUUGGGCUGUGAGAGCAAAUUUUUGUCCACUGAAACAAAUAAAUUAUGCGGGGCUUGUAAGGAAAAGAUUAAAAGUACAGCAGGCACUACAGCUGGCUCUGAGGAAUUAAUGUCCUGGAUGAAGGAUGCAAUGGUGCAAGCUUUUGAAUCCUUUAGUCAGGAUAAACGGCAUAAUGAUGCACCUGCUGAGGAGAGCCUCCUUUAUGACAGUAUCUCCUCUGAUGAACCAGGUCCAUCAAAGUAUAAGCCAGAUUCUGAGUCAGAAUAUUCAGAUAUGGAAGAUUUUUUUCCUAUAGAAGACAUAGAUUCUCUGAUAUUGGCUGUAGGGGAAACAAUGGGAUUGGAAGAUACUUCAGAACCACCCAAAAAAUCAAGUAAACUUUUUGCAAACAUAAAUAAACGUAAAGUAUGUUUUCCACUGGAUGAAGCUAUUAAAGGCAAAAUUAAGAAUCAGUGUUCUAAUUUGGAUAGAAAGUUUAUUCUUCAAAAGAAGUUUAACAUGUUAUUUCCUUUAGAUGUGGCUGAUUCUAAACCUUGGGAUAAUGCUCCUAAAUUGGAUCCUCCUGUAGCACAAACAAUUAAAAGAACAACGCUUCCCCUAGAAGACAGCACAGGUCUUCGAGAUCCGAUGGACAGGAAGGCUGAUGGGGCUUUACGGAAAGCCUUUCUGGCAGCAGCAGCAGGAUUUAAACCAGUGGUGGCUGCAGCUUCAGUGGCAAGAUCCCUAAAGGUAUGGAUCACACAGCUAGAGAAGGAAUUGAAAAAAGGGGUGUCAAGAGACAAAUUAUUGGCAGACCUACCUAUGUUGUCAUCAGCAGCUGAUUGUCUUACUGAGGCAGCCUUAGCCUCAAUAGAUAUCUUAUCUAAAUCGACUACAUUCGCAACAUCAGCAAGAAGAGCGAUAUUGUUAAAACCAUGGAUUGCAGAUAUAGCAUCAAAGAAUCGCUUACUUAAUCUUCCAUUGAGGGAGAAAAAUUGUUUGGAUCCGAACUCGAAUCUUUGGUGGAAAAGAAAUCCGAUGAUAAGGUAAAAUGUUUACCUCAAGACAAAAGAAGUGCUAAACGCCCCUUUCGAGGGUUUCGUACUUCCUAUAGAUAUCGGCAGGACUGGAGAAAUCAAAAGACAUCAAAGGAUAGAUCCUAUAAUCAGUUCAGAGGGCGAUCCAGUAGAGGAAGAGGCCGCACAAAUUUUCAUCAGCGACCAUUUUUAGCAUGACGCCAGACGAGUUGGAGGGAGACUCAAGAAGUUUACAGCAGAAUGGACAAAAAUAACAUCCGACAAAUGGGUGCUACAAACAAUAGAAAAAGGUUAUGCCAUAGAGUUCGAAUCAUUCCCCCCAACAAAAUAUAUAAAAACAUAUCUUCCAAAAAGGCAAAAAGAAAAGAACGCUAUGUGUGCGGCGAUUCAGGACUUCAAAGAUCAAGGAGUAUUAAUCCAAGUACCUCAAGGAGAAAAAUGUAUGGAUGUAUAUUCUCAAAUAUUUUUAGUCCCGAAACCAAAAGGAAAAUACAGAGCAGUCAUAGACUUGAGGUAUUUAAACAACUUCAUAAGCAAAAAGAAAUUCAAGAUGGAAACUAUGCAAUCUACAAUACAAGCUCUUCGAGAACAAGAGGAAAUGGUAACACUAGAUUUACAGAACGCAUACUUGCACAUACCAAUAAGACCGUGUCAUCAAAAAGUCCUAAGGGUGGCCAUAAGAGGAUCCACUUUCACAGAGCACCUUCAGUUUUCAGCACUACCGUUCGGAAUAUCAAGCACACCAAGAGUGUUUACAAAAGUAUUAGUGACCGCUGUGGCCUUUUUAAGAACACAAGGAGUCUCAAUAAAACCAUAUUUAGACGAUUGCCUUAUAAAAGCAGAUUCUCAGUCCAUCCUGGGAGAACAUGUAAAUCUAACAGUACAAGUUCUUCAAUCAUUGGGAUGGAUUAUAAAUUGGGAAAAAUCCAAUCUGCGUCCAUCAACAAAAAUAAAGUUUUUAGGCAUGAUUCUAGAUACCGAAAUAGGCAAAGUUUCUCUACCAUUGGAAAAGGCUUGCAAGAUCAAAGACAAAGUGAAAUUGUUGCAAGAAAGAGAAGUGUCUUCUAUAAGACAAGUAACAGAGGUCCUUGGACUUUUUUCAGCAGCCAUAGUAGCCGUUCCCUGGGCCAAAGCUCAUAUGAAGGAGUUGCAGGAGUUUCUAAAUAUGAUAUGGGAUUAUCAGAAAAAGUCCUUAAACAAAAAAGUUCACUUACCACAAGAAAUAAGGAGGUCACUUACCUGGUGGAUGCAGACAAAGAAUUUAAUGAAAGGAAAUCAAUUGUUCCCUGGGCCCACAAAAUUAAUCACAACAGAUGCAAGCAAAAGAGGCUGGGGGGCUCAUCUUCAAGAUAUUUCAGAACAAGGAAGAUGGUAUGACAGAUCUUUCAGCCAAUUCAUUGGAGUUAGAGGCAGUUUGGAGAGCCUUAAAAUCUUUUGCCCCAUAUAUAAAAAACGAAAAUUUUCUGGUCCAUACAGACAAUGUAACAACAGCAUUUUACUUAAAUCAUCAAGGAGGUCUAAGAAGUCAAGAUCUUAUGCACAGAGCAAAAAGAAUAUUCAAAUGGGCAGAACGCAAUUUAAACAGCCUCACUGCUCGACACAUUUCAGGCCAUUCAAAUUUCAGAGCGGACUUUUUAAGUCGCAAAGAUUUACAUCCAGGAGAAUGGAGUCUAAACCAAGAGGUGUUUUAUCAGAUUUGCAAACGAUGGGGGUUUCCAGACAUAGACCUCAUGGCAUCAAAACAAAACAAAAAAGUUCCAAGAUUCUUCUCACUAACAAGCAGUCAAGUAGAAGUAGCUGUGGAUGCGCUGGCUCAACCCUGGAGUUUCAGUCGUGCUUACAUAUUCCCACAAUUAAUUCCAUUAGUGGGCAGAGUAGUCAGGAAAAUACGACUAACCCCAGCGGAAAUAAUUCUAAUAGCUCCAGCAUGGCCAAGGAGGAGUUGGUACUCAGAAUUAAUCCAACUAUCCAUAAGCCCACCAUGGCGUUUGCCUAGGAGGAAGGACCUACUGACUCAGGGGCCGAUCUCCUAUGCAGACCUGACUCCAUUACAACUUACCGCGUGGAGACUGAAAGGGAUGCGUUAACAUUACAAGGCAUUUCCCCAGCGGUAAUCGAUACCUUACUACAUAGCAGGAAGAUAGUUACUAAUAAUAUAUAUCAAAGAAUAUGGACUCUGUUUCGAAAAUGGUGCAUUAAAAGAAAAUAGUUUCCGGAAACAGCCCCCAUUUCCAUGAUUCUGGACUUUUUGCAUGAUGGGUUUAGAAAAAAUCUAGCCCUGAAUACAAUUAAAGUUCAGAUAGCGGCGCUAGAAGCUUUUAAGAACUUGGCAUUAGCAGAACAACCAUUAGUAAAAAGGUUGGUAAAAGCAAUGCAAAACAUCAAACUAAAAAGCAAACCAUUAACACCAGUAUGGGAUUUAGAUAUGGUGCUUAAAGUCCUUCAGAAAGCUCCCUUUGAACCAUUAAAAGAAGCUACAUUAUUUCAUCUUACAAUUAAGACUGUAUUUCUGGUAGCCAUUUGCUCGGCAAGAAGGGUUGGUGAAAUACACGACCUGUCCUGUAAGGAACAUUACUUACAAAUUCUUCAAGUCAGGAUCAUUCUUAAAGCAGACCCUUCAUUUUGACCUAAAGUUUCAUCAAAUAUUUAUGUUAAUUUUGAAAUCGUCUUGCCUGAUUUCUAUCCGAAGCCUUAGAAUAAACAUGAAGAAGAUCUUCAUUUUCUGGAUGUUAAAAGAUGCAUUUUAAUGUAUCUGAAGAAAGUACAAAAAUUUAGAAUAUCUAAUUGCCUGUUUAUAACAUAUGCAGGUAUAAGAAAAGGGAAAACCACAUCAAAGAUGUCUAUAUCCAGGUGGAUAAAACAGGCAAUUACAUUUGCAUAUACGUCACAACAAAACCAGUUCCAUUGGGACUUUGCUCAUUCAACUCGGGCAGUGUCAGCCUCAUGGGCAGAAAGUGCUGGAGUUUCUGUGGACCAAAUCUGCAGGACAGCGUCCUGGUCAAGCUUCAAAACCUUCUCAAACCAUUACAGACUCAACGUGGGUACACCCAGGGAAGUGGCUUUCGCAAGCUAAAUAACCCUCCCAUUACUACUGCUUAUCAACUCUCUAUAGUAAGUGCUGCCAAGGGACGUGAGGGAAAUAGGGAAUUUAAAUUGCUUACCGUAAAUUCCUUUUCCCUCAGUCCCGAAGGCAGCACAUUUUUUUCCCUCCCUUAUUAAAAACCUUGGCAUUAAUGAUGUGUAUUGCUUGUUAAUCACUGAGGGGUAUUGGGGGAAGACACCUUUAUAGGGAGAAAGGGGAGGAGUGUUUUAUUAUGCUGGGUGAUGUUUUCCUACCCUAGGAGGAGCUCUCUCUAUAGUAAAUGCUGCCUUCGGGACUGAGGAAAAAGGAAUUUACAGUAAGCUAUUUAAAUUCCCUAUUUCAGGUUUUUGUAUACUGGUUAUCUUUUAUAGAGGGGAAGGUAGGUUAGUAACUGGGGUCACUAGACCACCUAGUUAUACUUUUUGGCUUUCUUAUUGUCUUUAAAGGGGUUGUUCCCCUUUGAAUUAAAUUUUAGUAUGCUGUAGAGAGUGAUACUCUAAAGCAAUUUGC